AUGACUCCCAAUGCGAAACUCCUCCCGCCAUCCACCGGCCCGCGUCUCAUCGUCUACCACCAGACUUUCCACGACUCAAACGGCACUUACCACUCGUUGCUUCCGCUGCUCACGAACAACACGGGCAUCACGCAUGUGAUUGUUGCGGCUAUCCACCUCAAUGAUGGCCCGGGCAAUAUUACGCUGAAUGAUCAUAAGCCGGAUGAUAAGAGGUUUGAUCAGUUAUGGGGCGAGGUGAAUUGGUUGCAGGGUAGUGGGGUCAAGGUGUUGGGUAUGCUGGGUGGAGCAGCGAAGGGGAGUUACGAGAAGUUGAGCGGAGACGAAGAGAGUUUCGAAGCAUACUACACCCCCCUCGCCGCCCUAAUAACCGCCCGCUCCCUCUCCGGUCUCGACCUUGACAUCGAAGAAGACAUCCCCCUCUCCACUGCUACACGCCUCAUCUCGCGCCUUCGAGCAGACUUCGGCCCCGAAUUCCUCAUCACCCUCGCACCCGUGGCUACAGCUCUAAUCCCCGACCCCAAAAUCCCCGCACACCUCCGCCCGCCCCGACCCAUGCUCGCCAGCGGCCCCACUCCCAACCCCUUACACCCGACCCUGCGCCAUCUAUCCGGCUUCAGCUACCCGGAGCUCGAAUGCAGCGUCUGGGGGAAAGAAAUCGCAUGGUACAACACGCAGUUCUACUGCGGAUGGGGCGACGCGUUUACAACGGAGUGGUACGAUACCAUCAUCGCCGCGGGCUGGAAACCAGAGAAGAUUGUCAUGGGCGUGGUGACGAAUGAGGCGAAUGGGGGUGGGCGGGGUGGGUUAAAGCGCUAG